UCGUUGGUCACGUGGAACAGUCGUGGCGUCACGUGACAUCCACUUCCGCAUUUCAAAAAGAAAAAUACUGAAAGCAAACUGCUCAUUAUGCUCCUUUACUUGAAGUAGACAACGGUCAGGUAAAAAAAAAUAGUGAGAAGACGAAGCGACUUUUUAAACUCAUUGCUCCACUUCUUCCUCGUUUAGCUUGACGAUACCCGAGAGUCGGGACACAGAACAAUAUCCGAGACGUGUUUUGUGUCAAUAGAAAAAGGGCAAGCACAUUGAGUGAUGCACUGGACGGUGCUUGUGUUGGCAUCAGGUCUUCUUGUGGUCACUGUCGCCUUGGACAAUGGCCUCAUGCGGACCCCUCCUAUGGGCUGGUUGGCAUGGGAACGCUUCCGCUGCAACACAGACUGUGAGCAUGACCCCAAAAAUUGCAUCAGCGAGAAUCUGUUCACCGACAUGGCUGACAGGCUGGCAGAGGAUGGUUGGAGAGAGCUGGGCUACGUCUACAUCAGCAUCGAUGAUUGCUGGGCGUCCAUGCAGAGGGACGAGCAGGGGCGGCUCCAGGCAGAUCCUAAGAGGUUCCCAAGAGGAAUCCACCGGCUGUCCCGCUACAUGCACGACCGGGGGCUCAAGUUGGGCAUCUAUGGCGAUAUGGGCACACAUACCUGCGGGGGCUACCCGGGCACGCCACUCGACAAGAUCGAGGUGGAUGCUCAGACCUUUGCUGACUGGGAGGUGGAUAUGUUAAAGUUUGACGGUUGCUAUUCGAACACCUCGGAGCAGGAGCAAGGUUAUCCUCGCAUGUCGAAAGCUCUAAACGCCACAGGCCGUCCAAUUGGCUACUCUUGCAGCUGGCCGGCCUACCAAGGUGGUCUGCCACCUCAGGUGAAUUACAGUCUUUUGGCCAAGAUCUGCAACCUGUGGCGUAACUACAACGAUAUCCAGGACUCAUGGGACAGCGUGCUGAAAAUUGUGGAUUGGUUCUUUGACAACCAGGAGGUCCUAAUCGCCGCAGCCGGGCCUGGAAGGUGGAAUGACCCAGAUAUGCUGAUCAUCGGUGACUUUGGCCUCAGCAUGGAGCAGUCGCGGUCACAGAUGGCUCUCUGGGCCAUCAUGGCUGCCCCUCUCUUCAUGUCCAACGACCUCCGCACCAUCAACAGUGGCGCACGUAGCAUCCUGCAAAACAAAAUGGCCAUCAGCAUCAACCAGGACCCUCUGGGCCUUCAGGGAAGACGGCUCCUGAAGGAGAAGAGUGGCAUUGAGGUGUUUUGGCGGCCGCUGUCAAAUGAAGCCAGCGCCCUGUUGUUCUUCAGUCGACGUAACGAUAUGCCAUACCGCUACCAAACGUCACUCAGCAAGUUAAACUACACUAUGGGCAUCUAUAAGGUCAGUGACGUCUUCUCCGGGAAAAGUGUGACGCUCAAAGAUUCAAGCAGCUUUGUGGUGUCGGUGAACCCCACGGGCGUUGUCAUGUGGUACAUCUCAGCCCCCGCCAAGCCGAGACCCCUAACCCACCAGUUUUCUCGAGGCGGCCGAUUCGAAGAAUUCGGCCGGGGUGACCUUGCCAACGCCAUCCCGCCUGUUUUCCUGUGACCACGUUCCCCUAGUUUUGACUAGCUGAUAAUGAAGGAUCCUCAUUACAUGAGGGGUAUUCUUAAGACUUGAUUAACUCAGGGUCAGAUUUUUUUUCCUCAACAAUCCUUGAAGUCCUCUUUCAAAUUCACACAUAAGUAGUUUCAGUAA